AGGGCUAUGGUGGCCCAAGGCCAGGUCUCCUCUAGUGAAGACCUCAUUACCCAUUUGCUUACCUUGGGUGGCGAAGAUGGCACCAAUGGAUUAACUGAUGAAGAAAUUGUGGCCAACGCGAUGCUCGUCAUGGUAGCUGGUCAUGACACCUCGUCCAUCCUCAUGACUUUUAUGAUACGUCACCUCGCCAACGAUCAAGUCACCUGUGCUGCUGUCGUUCAUGAGCAGGAAGAGAUAGCCAAGAGCAAGGCCCCAGGGGAGUCUCUAACAUGGGAUGAUCUUUAUAAGAUGAAGUAUACAUGGCGAGUUGCACUGGAGAUGCUAAGGAUGAUCCCUCCACUGUUUGGGAACUUUCGAAGAGCUCUCAAGGAUGUCGAGUUUGAUGGCUACCUCAUACCAAAAGGGUGGCAGGUGUUCUGGGCAUCAAGCAUGACACAUAUGGACGCUAAUAUUUUCCAAGAACCAUGUAAAUUUGAUCCAACACGAUUUGAGAACCAAUCAUCAAUUCCACCUUACUGCUUUGUGGCAUUUGGAAGUGGGCCACGAAUUUGCCCGGGCAAUGAGUUUUCUAGAAUAGAGACACUCGUUACAAUGCAUUAUCUAGUCACGAGAUUCAAAUGGAGAUUACGCUGCAAAGAUGAUGUUUUUGUCAGGGAUCCAAUGCCAUCACCUUCUCAAGGCCUUCCAAUAGAACUUCAGCCUAAGAAUAAUCUAUAUAUGAACAACUUAUGAUUGUCAAAUAAAUUGAAUCUCAAAGGUUGAUUUUUUUCUCUCUUGUUUUUUUUUUUUGUUAAAGAGAGGAUAGAAUUGUCAAGAGGAGCUCAUCGUCAUUUUGGAACAAGAUGCAUUUGUUUUCUAUCAUGGAAAAAGAAGCAUGGUACA